AUGGUUUUGGAGGAUUUUGAUAUGGAAGAAGAUAGCUUACCCGAUUUGAAGUUGAGUUAUCUACUUACUGAGUUGAUCAAUACAUCAACAUGUCCACCUGUGAUCAUUGCAAAUAAUCGACAGCUUCAGAAUUUUGUCGGUUUUGUUCAAAAGUGUGUUUCUACUCGAUUGUGUGUAACAUCUAAAGCCAAAGUUGAGAAUCUGAAUGAACCAGACUUUGAUCUUAACAAGUCGUCAGCUGAUUCAAGUACUGCUGAAGAGGAGGGAAACUCGGUUGAUAGGGGGAACGAACCAGCUCCUGUGUUUGUUGAGAGGCAGUGCGAGAAAAAGAAAGAAAAGAUUAGAAGAGUCAAAGUUGAUGAGGAUGCCUAUGAUGCUGAUACCAUGAUCUCGGCCAAAGAGGAUAUACAUAAUAUGUCAAAGUUUUCUCUGCUCAAUGUUGUUAAGAAGGGACAAUUGUUUGAGAACAAAACUUUGAUGAAGGCGACUUUCGAGAUAUGUGCAAUGAAGUAUAACUUUCACUACGAGGUUAUCAAAACGGAUAGACAACUUUGGUAUGUUAGGUGUGAGGAUAAUGCAUGCAAUUGGUGUGUUCGAGCAGAGUGUUUGAAGGAUUCAGCAUAUUUCAUUAUCAAAAAGUAUGUCGGUGAACAUACAUGCGCACCUUCAAGCAAAACCAAAACGGGUAAGACUGCUUCGGCCAAAACUAUAGGCAGUCUGAUUAUGCAUAGGUAUGAAGGCGUUAAGGAAGGGCCGAAAUGCAAUGAUAUAAUACAGAUUAUGCGUAUGGAUCAUGGCUUUAGAGGUAUUCUGGAGAGAAGUUAUGGAAAAAUACCGAAAUACUUGCACAUGCUGAGAGAGGCUAAUCCGGGUACACAUUCAUCAUAUGAGAUUGACAGCAAAGGGAGAUUUUGGUACCUGUUUAUUGCAUUUGGGCAAUCGAUACGAGGAUUUAACAGAGUCAUAAGGAGGGUUAUUGUGGUUGAUGGCACUUUUCUAAAGAACAAAUACAAAGGAGUUAUAUUGGUUGCAACUGCUGUAGACGGAAAUUCUAAUUUGUAUCCUCUUGCAUUCGGAGUAGUCGACUCAGAGAAUGAAAAUUCUUGGGAAUGGUUUAUGAGACAACUAAAUGUUGUCAUUGCUGAUGAUCAUCAUUUGGCUUUUAUUUCGGACAGACAUGCGGCUAUUGCUAAGGCGCUUGAGACUGUGUAUCCAACAGCCAAACAUGGUAUUUGCAUUCAUCAUUUGUUGAAUAAUGUGGUAACAUAUUACCAUGGGAAAGGACUUGUUGGGUUGGUUGCAAAGGCGUCCAAGGUUUAUAGAGUUCCUGAGUUUGAAAAGACAUUUGCUAAUGUGUGUAAUAUCAGUUCGGCAAUUGGAAAAUACCUAAGGGAUGCUGAAGUAAAAAAGUGGGCAAGAUGUCAAUUCUCUGGAUAUAGAUAUGACAUAAGGACAACCAACCCUGCCGAAUCCAUCAACUCUGCUUUGUGUUCGCCGAGAGAGUAUCCAAUCAUUCCCUUGUUGGACAGUAUCAGGGAAAUGUUGACUCGGUGGUUUUAUAACCGUAAGAAAAAGAUUUCAAAGCAUAAUCAUCCUCUCACCAAAGAUGUGGAGAAAAAGAUUGAAAGGAGGACCGAGAAAGGCAAAACAUUUGCAGUUUACCCUGUCAGCGAUGGUCGAUUGCUUGUUAGAGGUGAUAAAAUCGACUGCUUAGUUGAUUUGGAUAGACGGACUUGCUCAUGUGGGAAGUACAACUUGAUGAAGAUACCUUGUCGACACGCAAUUAAAGCUGGUUUUCAUGUUGGCACACAGCCACACACAUUGACUAAUUUGAUGUACACUAUAGAAGCUUGGCGAGAAGCUUAUCAUGAUAGCAUCAAUCCUAUUGCUGUUCCUGAGGAUGCUUGGUCCAUACCAGAAAAUGUUGUCCAAGUCAAUGUGCUACCACCAGAGUCAAGAAAAUCAGUUGGAAGGAAUAGAAAACGCAGAUAUUAA